CUUAUAUACUUGCGUCCACUUGCACGGAGACAUUCCACCUUGUGUUGUCAGUGUGUCUCUGCUCGCAACAUGUCUUGCAUCUACCGUUUCACUGUACUCUUGCUGUUGGCAAGUGUCCCUUAUGCACUGACGUUGAAACUACCCAAUUACAUAAAGGCUUGCAAGGCCGACGCCUCGCUGGACUCCUGCGCUCUCAAGCAGGGAGAGGCCGUCAUACGCAAGCUAGUACACGGAGAUCCUAAGUAUCGCAUUCCAGACAUGGAUCCUAUGAAGAUCACUGAACUCGUGGUAAACCAGGGCGAUCAACAGAUCGGUCUCAACCUCACCAUCAAAGACUUCGGAAUUUACGGCCUCAAAGAGGCAAAGUUCACCGGUUCCAGAAUGGAUCUAAAGAAGAAGCAUGUCGAGUGGGACUUCCUCAUUCCCAAACUGAUGAUUCUGGGUGAUUACAUAGCUUCUGGGAAGGUUCUCGUUCUGCCCAUAUCAGGGAAUGGCAAGGGAAAUAUCACUCUUCUUAACGUGAACGCCACAUACAAGUUUGACUAUAAGCUUGAGAAGGUCAAAGGAGAAGACUAUCUGAAAAUUACAACGAAGAAGUUGGUAUUUGACACUUCGAGGCUGUACGUUCGUAUGGAGAACCUAUUCAAUGGUGAAAAAGUUCUGGGGGAUGCCAUGCACCAGUUUAUGGACGAGAACUGGCGAGAUGUAGUGAAGGAGUUGGGUCCAGCGAUCGCAGAUGCCAUUGGCUCCAUCUUCACUCUCAUCCUGACUAACAUCGCCAGCGUCGUACCCUUCAAGGAUAUGGUUACUAAUUGAAUAUCCACCACAGUCUCAUAUCAUUGAUGUCUCAGCUUCAUAUCAUUUACCUCAGAGCUUAAUAGUAUAACAUUCGUAGAUAGUAUAGAUAAAUAUUGUUGAUAUAUUUGCAAUGUAAAUAUUUUAAUCAUCUGCCGUUAUUAAACUCUUCAUGAUUUAUUGUUA